CGCGAGUGGGACGUGUUCAGGUGCCGCAAGUGCCAGGGCUUCCUCUUCGAGCCCGUGUCGCUGCCCUGCGGACACACCUUCUGCAAAAAGUGCCUCUGGAGCGGGCGCGCGGCCGAGCCCCGCUGCGUGCUGUGCCGGGAGGAGGGCGGCGCGGCGGCCGGGCAGCUCCUGCGGGUCAACGUCAUCCUGAGCAGCCUGCUGGCCAAGUGGUUCCCCGGGCAGGUGAAGGCGUCGCGGCUCCGCCACGAGGGGAACGCGCUCUACAAGGAGAGGAAGCUGCAGGCUGCGCUGCAGAAGUACAACGAGGCGCUCAGCCUGGCUCCAAAUGACCACUUACUCUACAGCAACCGGUCCCAGAUUAACUCUACUUUGAAAGCUUGUGAAGAUGCAUUGCACGAUGCAGAAACAGCAUGCAGGCUGCAGCCAUACUGGCUGAAAGGACAUUUAAGGAAAGGACAAGCAUUAGCUAAUCUGGGGAAAACAGAAGAAGCUUUAAGAGAGUUUCUAUUCUGCCUUGCUCUAGAUACUGGGAACAAGACGGCCAAAUCUGAGGCUCAAAAGCUUCUACUUAGUUUAUUUUCACUCAUCCCGGGAAAUGCUCAGGAACACCUACCUGAUAUCCUGCAGCUGUUGUCGCAUCACUCUAGAUUAAAGGGGAAUCUCCUAAAUUCCGUUGGAUCUGGAGGCACCAGCCAUAGCCUACAAAGGUUGCUCAAGAUAAAUGUAGAACAGAAAAAGAGUUUUCCUGCUCAAGAGGAACAAAAUGUAACAACAUCUGGCAGUUUGAAGAAAUCUGUACAAAUUACAGAGAGUAAAAGGGACUGCUUGGAGGAGGAGAACAAACUCGCCUCCAUAUCAGAGUCUGCCUUUCUCAUUUCGGAGAAGUGCAACCUUCUGAAAAGAAAGUGUUGCUCUGAGGAGAUGAGAGGUGCUGAGGUACCCUCUAAACUCAUGAAGAAAGAUACAGUUGACAUCAAGGAAAGUAGUGCUGUGCACCAUAUUCCAUUUGAAUUUGUGGAUCCAUCAGAUCUGGACUGCUCCCUGUGUAUGAGGCUCUUCUAUGAACCUGUCACUACGCCUUGUGGGCACACAUUCUGUCUCAAAUGCCUUGAGAGAUGCCUGGAUCACAACCCAAAAUGUCCCCUGUGCAAAGAAGGUCUCUCGGAGUGCUUGGCUAUGAGGAAAUACUGUAAAACGGUACUAAUGGAGGAGCUGAUAGCUAAAUAUCUUCCAGAGGAACUCACUGAAAGAAGAAAGAUUUAUGAAGAGGAAAUAGCGGAACUUUCAAACCUAAAUAAGAAUGUUCCUAUAUUUGUCUGCACAAUGGCUUAUCCUACAGUCCCAUGCCCUUUGCACAUCUUUGAGCCGUGUUACCGACUGAUGAUUCGCCGCUGCAUGGAGACGGGCACCAAACAGUUUGGGAUGUGCAUCAGUGAUCCCGUCAAGGGGUUUGCAGAUUACGGCUGCAUUCUGGAGAUAAGAAAUGUUGAAUUCUUUGCUGAUGGUCGCUCUGUUGUAGACAGCAUUGGCAAGAGGAGAUUUAAGGUGAUACAGCACAGCCAGCGUGAUGGCUAUAAUACAGCAGAUAUUGAGUACAUUGAGGAUCAAAAGCUCCCCUUCCUUGCCAUGAAAUCCCUCAAAGACCGCUUGAAUGGCAUCAGACGUGUCCUUACGUUCAUGUCUCGUACAAGAGCACGGUGAUGGUGAGGAGGAGAACUGUGAAGUCUCCCGCAGUACUUGACUGUAGAGUGUCUCUUGUGACUUCAUCUAACUGCAAUAAUGUCUUACAGAUCUGAGUGUCAGGAUGUUUCAAGCCUGAAUUU